AUGGCCGAAUAUAAUAAUGCCCCUCCACCUACCUAUCAUGAAGGAGUUUCUCCUCUUACAUCUCCUCAAAUCACAGGUUCAACCAGUCAUAACCUCACCUCCGUUUCUCCACAAUUAACUGGUAUCACCAACACAUCUACUUCAAAUAAUCAACAACAACAACAACAACAACAACCACAUCCUGAUUUACCUCCACAAACACAUCAAGCUCAACAAAACAACCAUCCAGACGCUUAUCAAGGUAUUGAAGUCGUCGGCCCUAAUCAUAACACAAUGGCAUCACAACAAAUCCCACCUCAGCAAGAGGGCUUCACAAAUGAGAAGAGUCAAUAUCAAGCUCCACCUCCUCAAGGUCAAUACCCUCCUCAAGAUCAUUAUCCAGCGCAACCUCCACCUCAAGCAAAUAUCAACCAAGGAAAGAAUAAUUAUGCCACUGCUAUGCCUAUCCGUGCACUCCAAUCCGGCCCUACUCCUGUAGACUGUCCUGUUUGCGGUGUAAGAGAGGUAACAGCCGUUGAAAAUCACAGUGGAAUGACUACACAUCUCAUCGCGCUUCUUUGCUGCGCAGUCACCUGUCUAGGAUGUAUACCUUACCUUGUCUCUGGUCUCAAGGAUGUUGAACAUAAAUGCGGACAUUGUGGUGCAUUAUUGGCAGUUUGGCACAGGAGUGGUAGAACGGAUGUCAAAGUACCUGGUGUCUAG